AUGCUAAAAAAUCAUCUUCGACUUGGGGUGUUAUAUUUUAAAAUAAUUUGUCAAGAUCCAAGGGUAGACAACUAUUUCAUGAUGAAGAGUCCCUGGUCCAGUUUGAUUAUCUGUUUGUUCUACGUUCUUGCUGUCCUCUACAUUCUGCCUCGCUACAUGGAGAAACGGCCACCUUUUGAAUUCAGACAGCUCUUGAUCUUUUACAAUUUUGCUAUGGUGGUCCUAUCUGGAUACAUAUUCAUGGAGUUUGGUCUGUCAGGUUGGUUUGUUGGAUAUAGUUACAGUUGUCAGCCGGUUGAUCACUCAACAUCUCCACAAGCUAUCAGGAUGGUAAACGUUAGCUGGUGGUUCUUCAUUUCAAAGUUCAUUGAACUCUUGGACACUGUUUUUUUUGUACUGAGAAAGAAGAACAACCAGGUGACAUUUCUGCACGUCUUCCAUCAUGGUAUCAUGCCAUUCUCCUGGUGGUUUGGCGCCAAAUUUGUCCCUGGUGGAUUUGGAACAUUCCAUGCCUGGUUGAACUCUUUCAUCCAUUUCCUCAUGUACAUUUACUAUGGGCUGUCUGCCAUGGGACCUGCAUAUCAGAAGUUCAUCUGGUGGAAGAAAUAUAUGACCACCAUGCAGAUUACCCAAUUCAUUGUGGUGUGCAUUCAUUCAUCCCAACUCCUCUUCAUGGAGUGUGACUAUCCAAUCAUCUUCACCUACUGGAUCGGAUCCUACGCCAUCAUCUUCCUCAUCCUCUUCCUCAACUUCUAUGUGCAAGCCUACAAGAAACCUACCAGAGGUCUCGGCGAAUGA